AUGGUCCAUUCCUACGGUCCGUACGGUGAGAAUCUGUUUUGGGGAGCAUUGGAUCACUGGACACCGGCGCAAGCGGUGGAAUCGUGGUCGAAGGAGAAGCAAUUUUACGAUCGUCAACAUAACGCCUGCUCCAGCGGUCAAAUGUGCGGCCAUUACACGCAAAUCAUUUGGAGAGAUUCGCUUAAACUUGGUUGUACCCGAGUAAAGUGCCAAAGUGGAGGUAUUUUGAUGAUUUGUGAGUAUGAUCCUCCUGGAAAUUAUGUGAAUGAGAGCCCGUUCGACACUGUCAACAACGGAGGAGCUACAGCCAAGACCACCGGUGGUUCGAAAAAGUCAGCCGGCUCACCUCACCGGAAAAUUGGUGGUUAA